GGCCCCGCCGGCCCCCGGGGAGCCGCGCCGGGGGCGGAUGGAGACAGCGGGCACGGCGGCGGGCUGGGUUAUUUUCUUCCAUCUUCCUCUCACCUCUGGAAGCUCCAUCAAUAUUGGGAUAGGCAGCAAUUAUUCCAAUCUCCCAAUUGCCUCGAACCAGAGCAGCGCUUCCAGCGCCUUCCCGAGCCGCGGGGAGCGCGGCGGUGACAGCAGCCUGCUGGUGUCCCCGCUGCUGGUGGCGGGGGUGGUGAUCGGGCUGGUGCUGCUGCUGUCCUGCGCCACCAUCCUGGUGGGCAGCCUGCGCAGGGACAGCCGCGCCGGCCCGGCCGCUGCGGCUCCAGAUGGUUUCUCCCACGGCGGCUCCUCCACAGAGCUGAGAUCCACCUGCAGCGAGGAGUUCCCCCCUGCCUGUGAUUUUGACUCCUACCUGGAUAUACUUUCUCAGGUGAACAUCAUGUAUCCUGAUCCACCUCCAUGCUAUGACGAAUGCGUGGGGCCAGGAGCAACACAAAUAUAUAUUCCCACAGAUGAUCCCCCCCCAUAUUCCCUUACGGACCCUUGCCAAAGAAAUGAAAUACCCAGAAAUACCUGUAUCAGGCAGGAAGAGGAAGCAGCCUCCGGGACUGCAGAUGCUGCAGUGAGGCUGCAGGGCUUGCAGCAGCCCAGCUCGGCGCUGGCGGUGAUCUCGCAGUGCAGGGGCUGCUCCGCCCUGCGGGACAGCGGCGUGUGAGCACAGCUCCAGCGGGAACACGGGGCAUGGAACACGCUCCCGCUGCCAGCAGAGCCCAGAUCACCGCAAUGCAGGCGGCUCUUUCCUUCAAUUCUUCUGAAGAACUCAGACCAAUGGAAGAAGAAAACUUCUGGAAGUUUUACCAAAUUUAUAUCUUUGAACAGGGGUACAAUGGGAUUUUUCUUUUUACAGUGACUUUGGCAAGUUUACCUGAAUUUCUCUGUUUGUGUUUCAAAGUGUUCCAUGGCAUCACACAGCAUAAAAAAGCAGCAGAGACAAGCAGUGCAGCUGACCUUUCUGAAGCAUUGCAGAACCCAUUGAAAUCAGCCACUAUUAUGAGGAUAAAUGUUAUGCAGUCAAGCCUACUUGUUGAUUUUACAAAACUUCGCAUGUUUUAGAACAGAAGGAAAAAGAAGAGGCUUUUGUUGUCAUUGUAGGUGUCACUAGUACAGCUCAUUCAGUGUAUUGACAACAAAGCAUUUUUAAGUAA